AUGUGGCUGAAACUGUUGGAGAAGGUCUUGGCAAAUAGUUACAAGAUCCACCAUCAUUUUUACCAGCUACUUGAGUUGAAAAGAGUGCAUAAAUCGUUCUGGAAAAAACUUUUAUGGUCUUGGGUAAUUUUUUGGAUAGUGAUUUGUGCAUGGAUGUUUUCUUUCUACAACCACCAUGCAAUCGAGAAGAGAAAAGUGACACUUGCUAGUAUGUGUGUUGAAAGAGCUAGAAUGUUGCAGGAUCAAUUCAAUGCGAGUAUGACCCAUGUUCAAGCCAUAUCCAUCUUGAUCUCCACCUUUCACCAUGGCAAGAAUCCUUUGGCUAUUGAUCAGAGAACCUUUGCCAAGUACACAGAAAAAACAGCUUUUGAGAGGCCAUUAAUGAGUGGUGUGGCAUAUGCUAUAAGGGUCCUUCACUUGGAAAGGGAGAAGUUCGAGAGGCAACAAGGUUGGUCCAUAAGAAAGAUGAACACCGUUCAACAAAAUCCAGUUCAUAAGGACAUUCACAUGCCAGAGAAGUUUGAGCCAUCUCCAGUCCAAGAGGAAUAUGCUCCAGUGAUCUUGGCUCAAGAUACUGUUGCUCAUAUGGUUUCUCUUGAUCUGCUGUCCGGGAAAGAAGAUUGUGACAAUGCGAUACGAGCAAGAGAAUCCGGGAAAGGGGUACUAACUACUCCUUUUAGGUUAUUGAAAACCAAUCGCCUUGGUGUAAUUUUGACAUUUGCUGUCUAUAAAAGGGAUCUCCCUGCAGAUGCAACUCCAAAGGACAGGGUGGAAGCUACUGAUGGGUAUAUAUUAUUUUUGGCAUUAUUUUUUAGGUAUUUGGAAGGUAUCUUCGACAUCGAGUCACUCGCAGAGAACUUAUUUCAACAGUUUGCAGGCAAAAAAACCAUCCUGGUUAACCUAUAUGACACAACUAAUCGUUCUCAGCCAAUCAGUAUGUAUGGCUCCGAAGUAUAUGUGGACAAAUUGGAGCACGUGAUUGCUCUUAACUUCGGUGACCCCCUUCGAAACCAUGAAAUGCGUUGCAGAUUCAAGCACAAAGCUCCAUUGUCGUGGCUUGCAAUAACGACUACAGGUUCUACUCUUGUGAUUACUUUGCUUCUCGGAUACAUAGUCUUUGCAACCAUGAACCAUAUGGCCAAAGUACAGGAGGAAUACAAUCGGAUGGUUGAGUUAAAGAAAAAGGCUGAGGCUGCUGAUGUUGCAAAGUCUCAGUUUCUUUCUACUGUUUCUCACGAGAUUAGGACCCCAAUGCAUGGUGUAUUAGGAAUAUUAGAUAUCCUUUUAGACACUGAUCUUGAUGUGACGCAACAAGACCAUGUCCGAACCGCACAAGCUAGUGGAAAAACUCUUGUCUCACUUCUGAAUGAGGUGUUGGACCAAGCAAAGAUAGAGUCUGGGAAGCUUGAUCUUGAAUCCGUACCGUUUGACCUUAGAGCCAUUAUGGACGAUGUUUUGUCUCUCUUCUCUGGGAAGUCUCAGGAGAAUGGGGUUGAGCUGGCAGUCUAUAUCUCUCACCGUGUUCCUGAUAUGCUCAUCGGUGAUCCGGGAAGGUUCCGACAAAUCAUCACCAAUCUCAUGGGAAACUCAAUUAAAUUCACUGAGAAAGGACACAUUUUUGUUACUGUCCAUCUUGUUGAGGAAGUGAUGGAAACCACAGACAUUGAAAGAGAAGCAUCAUCAAGAAACACACUGAGCGGGUUUCCUGUACCAGAUAAACGCCGUAGUUGGGCAGGAUUCAAAAAUAUUGGUCAAGAUGGACGCAAUUGCUCUCUCUCUCCCGACCGUAUCAGUGUGAUUGUGUCGGUGGAGGAUACAGGAGAAGGUAUUCCUCAAGAAGCUCAACCUCGCAUCUUUACUCCUUUUGUUCAAGUUGGUUCAUCCAUCUCUAGGAAACAAGCAGGAACCGGAAUUGGCCUUAGCAUAAGCAAAUGUUUGGUGACCCUAAUGGAUGGAGAACUUGGGUUUGUGAGCAUACCAAAGGUUGGUUCCACCUUCACAUUUACCGCGAGUUUUACAAUUGGUUGCUCGAAACAAUCUAAGAUUAUCUACCCAGAGUUUCAAUGCAUGAGAGCCUUAGUCGUUGAUUCUAGGCAAGUUAGAGCCAUUGUCUCUAAAUACCAUGUGCAAAGGCUUGGAAUUCAAGUAGAAGUAGUUCCUUCUUUAGACCAUGCUUUGUCUACUAUAAGUAUCGGGAAUGCGAUUUUCAGCAUGGUCCUAGUUGAACAAGUUGUUUGGGAUGCGGAUUCAGCAGUUUCUUCUCUCUUUGUCAACAAAUUAAGAAAACUUGACCAGCAACUUAGUUCAAAGCUAUUCAUCCUAGCAAACUCUGUUAACCAUUCCAAAAAAAGAGACAUGCUUGAGCUUCAUGGGUUGAGUAUAAUCAUGAAACCACUGAGGUCAAGUAUGUUGGCUGCGUCUUUGCAAAGAGCCAUAGGUGUGGGGAACAAGGGGAAUCUUCGGAAGCUCUCUAGUUUGUCUCUUUCGGGAUUACUUGCUGGAAGGAAGAUUCUUGUUGUGGAUGACAAUUAUGUGAACCUUAAGGUAGCUGCUGGUGCCUUGAAAAGAUAUGGAGCUGAUGUGGUCUUGGCUGAGAGUGGCGAGAAGGCAAUCUCUUUUCUCGAGCCUCCUCACACAUUUGAUGCCUGCUUCAUGGACAUCCAAAUGCCUGCAAUAGAUGGCUUUGAAGCUACAAGAAGAAUUAGGGAAAUGGAAGAUAACAUCAAUGACCGAAUUCAGAAUGGAGACGCAUCAAUUGAAGCAUGUAGAAAUAUCUCAAAUUGGCAUGUACCUAUAUUGGCAAUGACAGCUGAUGUCAUCCAAGCUACACAAGAUGAAUGCAUUCGAUGUGGGAUGGAUGGAUAUAUUUCCAAACCGUUUGAAGGCGAGCAUUUGUAUCGGGAACUUUCGCGUUUUUUCACAAGUUCACCUCUGAUGAAAUGUAUAGAGAACUUUUGAAUGAUUGGAUAGCUCAAUCAGAAGAAUGGUUCCUUGGUCAGUUCGUAAACUGCUCAAAUGGUUGUCAUAUUUCGCUCCUAUAUAGUGAUUCUGGAACUUGAAUGAAGGAACACUUUUUCAUGCA